AGCAAACUCAUCAUGUCACAGUUUGAAUUGAAUUAAAUGAAAUAAGAAAAAAAAUGCUAGGACUCAAAACCACUCAACAUUUCUAUUCAGUUUUUCCAUUCAGACUACAAUAUUCAAAGUGAAACACCAGGGAAAUGGGUGACUCAAGGUACUGGAAAACCUAUAAUAAUAUAAAUAAUAAAUUGAUUAUUUUUACUUAUAGGUUGGAACAGCAAAACUAAAGUUGACACGGCUCAGUUCUCAUUUGCAGAGGAUGUUAAUAUUAAAUAAAAAAAAUUUCUUUCUUUUUUAGGAUGUCUGAAGCCCCAUCAGAGGCCGCUCUAUGCCGCAUGUCCUUCCUGUUGCUUUGCAUUCUGGGAAUGACCUUGGUGACAUCCGGCUUCCCUCAGCCUCGUCUACCUCUCAGAAGUGAUGAGGACUCAGAGGAAACCGAACGACAUGACCGGGACGUCCUGUACCCUUGCAUCUCUCUCCGUGAUUGGAGCAUUCAGAUGUUGUCAGCGCCCAGCCACAGAGCAGCAGCUGACAGCAAGGCAGGACUGGUGAAGGAGGCGUGGCUCUUUGACCCAGAGAGGACGGAGUCAGGAAUGGAGAAGGUGUGGCCGGCUGAAUGGUCAUCUCAGGGAGCCAGGAUGGUGAAGAGGAACAUGGUGGUUGCUGAUGAUGCUGCCUUCAGGGAGAAGAGCAAGCUCCUCACCUCCAUGGAGAGACAGAAGUGGCUCAACUCCUACAUGCAGAAACUACUGGUGGUUAAUUCUUCAUGAUCAUUCCGUCCUUACAGAUCGUAAUAAAAGAUAUAAACAACUGUCUGAACUGUACACUGUCAAUGACUUUUAAAAAGGGAUACACCACGUCUCUGAGUGAUUGGUCGGUCAGUCAACAAACCAGCCAUUAAGAGACGGGACACAUUUAAAGUCAAAGAAACCUGAUGCAUUAUCAUUGC